CGACCUAUUCACUUUAACCCCCCUAUAUUUCUGUAUAUUUCCACACACGAAAUUACACUUGGAAUUUAGAAAUGUGUUAGAUGUUGGAAUAUUUUAUGCGAAAACCUGUUUUUUCCUCCUUUCUUUACCUUCUCUUCAACCAUCAGUUUCUUCGAUUUGGUGAUCUGCUUCCCCAGAAAAAAGGGGUUGGUUAUUUUUGCACUCGAGCUAAUUGGGUCACUCAUAAGUGUGACUCAUGGCUCAUCCUUUUCCUAUAAGAAUUCAAUAGAAAGAAAGGAGUGAUCGAUUGGAUUUUUUUUCAAGAUGGGGUUUUUUCUUGGGGUUGAGCAUAUAUUUGGAUAGGUGUAUGGUUUUGGGGUGCUGGGUGAUUUCUUGAUUUUUGUAGGGAUUUGAUUAUGGGUGGCUGUUUUCCAUGUUUUGGAUCAUCAAACAAGGGCAGUGAUGAUGUGAAAGAAGUGGCAAAGAAGGGUUCUUUAAAGGAAGCUUCAGCUGCUCAGUCCCACCAUUUGCGCAGAGUCAGCUCAGUCAAGUCAAAGAGUGGUUUCGACCCCAAGAAGGAUCCUAAAAAACAAACAGCCAGUCCAAAAGAUGGAACAACAGCACAUAUAACUGCAAAAACGUUUGCGUUUCGUGAACUUGCUCUUGCCACAAAGAACUUCAGGCCAGAGUGUCUUUUGGGUGAAGGUGGAUUUGGACGUGUUUAUAAGGGGCAGUUAGAGUGCACAGGACAGGUAGUAGCCGUGAAACAGCUUGAUCGCAAUGGCCUUCAAGGAAACAGGGAGUUUUUGGUGGAGGUUCUCAUGCUUAGCCUCUUGCACCAUCCGAACCUCGUCAAUUUGAUAGGUUAUUGUGCUGAUGGGGACCAGCGGCUCCUUGUGUACGAGUUUAUGCCAUUGGGAUCUUUAGAGGAUCAUUUACAUGAUCCUUCACCUGACAAAGAGCCUCUUGAUUGGAACACGAGGAUGAAGAUUGCUGCGGGUGCAGCAAAGGGACUGGAGUAUUUACAUGACCAGGCAAACCCUCCUGUCAUAUACAGAGACUUAAAGUCUUCAAACAUCCUUCUAGAUGAGGCCUAUCACCCCAAGUUAUCGGAUUUUGGGCUUGCAAAAUUGGGUCCUGUUGGUGACAAGACUCAUGUCUCCACCAGGGUUAUGGGUACAUAUGGUUACUGUGCUCCUGAAUAUGCUAUGACUGGACAACUCACACUCAAGUCGGAUGUCUACAGUUUCGGAGUUGUGUUUCUUGAGAUUAUUACCGGACGUAAGGCUAUUGACAACAACCGGGCUCCUGGAGAUCACAAUCUCGUUGCAUGGGCAAAACCACUUUUCAAGGAUCGGAGGAAGUUCCCCAAAAUGGCUGAUCCACUAUUACAAGGGCGUUACCCGAUCCGAGGGCUCUACCAAGCACUUGCUGUCGCUGCCAUGUGUUUGCAAGAACAAGCUUCUACAAGGCCUCUAAUAGGGGAUGUUGUGACUGCUCUGACAUAUUUAGCCUCCCAAACUUAUGAUCCGAGCGCACCCCCUCGUAGGAGCAUUGACGAGAGGAGGAACGUUGCAGAGGGGCAAAAGAAUCCAGAUAAGAAUUGUAUGGUAACUAAUGGGCCGGAGCUGGGGAGGUGUGAAACUGGUGGUGGGUCCGGAAGGAAAUGGGGUGUCAAUGAAGCGGAAUGCCCGGAAUCUCACAGAGACAGCCCUGUUAGUGCAGGAAGAGGGAGACAGACUCCAAGGAAUUGUCGUAGUCUAGAGAGAGAACGCGCAGUUGCGGAGGCAAAAGUGUGGGGGGAGAAUUGGAGAGAAAAAAGACCGGCAAAUGCAAUGGGUAGCUUUGAUGGCACAAAUGAGUAGUUCCAUCAAACGCCUAGGCGUGCUACUUCAGUCUUCGAAGGAACUUGGUUGUGUAGAUUCCAAGGGUUGUGAUACAGAAAGAGAAAAUACACGGUACUGUCAUCCUCUGCUGCCUUCUUGUCCUUUUUUAGCCCCCCGGAGCGAUGGUUAGAUCAUAAAGGGGCCGCGGUUACAAGAGGAACCAGAAGGAGUUGGGGUUCUAAUUUUGGGUUUUACAGGUAGCCACGCUGCAGAAUGGUGUAUGCAGCAUAUUGAAGUUAUAUAUGUAGGGUUUUUUUUUUUUUUUUUUUUUAAAAACUUCGGAACACGUUGAUACGGAAGAUAAGGUCGGAAUAUGUUUCAUUUUCCCUCAUUGUUGUAUACAUUAUUGUAUGGGGAAAUUUAGUGGAUUUUGGUCUCAUGGUUUCCCAUUGUUUGCAUCUUCAUGCUCUGUACUGUACUCAUUGUCUUCAUAUGUAAUAUGUAUAGAUUCCUGAUGUUCUUCA